UGGACAUGGCGCCGAUUCGUGGUAAUACGUGAUGAAAUUAUACGAGACAAUGAGUUGCGUCACUUUUUAAUUAUAGCUGUUUUAUCAAACAGUAACAAAUUAAUAAUUCGAGCAUGUCAUUGUUCUGGUAACGUAGAGACAAUUGUAUGUACGGUUACCCGCACAAAAGAAAUGAUCUGUCCCACACCAGACCACCACGGAAAAUGGCGACUGUGAAAUAGAUGGAAGACGAAAGUAAGAAAUUAUUCAAUGCAGCGUUUAAAUUGUACCCUGUCUCCAUCCACACCGCUCGGAGGUCAUGGCAGCUGAAAUGUCAUGUCUGACAGGUGUUGAUGAAGACGACAAAGAUGCAGAUCCUGAUAUCAAUGCUCUCACACUCCUGCAAGAGCCAGUGAGAAUGGCACAAGAAUCAGCCUCUUGCACCAAUUCUUUUGGCAAGCCUUCACUGAAACAAAACAGUGUCCUAGAUGUUCUGUCAAACACAGAUAUGUUGUCUCCAGUCGGCCUGGGAAAUGGACCUUCUUCGCAUCAGGCUACACAAGCGCAUGAACUCAACAGCAUCUCCACAGAGAAAGAGGAGGCAAAGAGCAUCACCCCACUAAAAACUGUGCAGGAAAUUGACACUGCAGGAAUUUGGGGUUUUGAUGUAGACUCACCUGAGAACUCAGUGGAUAAUUUUAGUGGUGCCAGUGACCUUCAUUGGGACCCUCACAAAGAGUUUAUGCAGUUUCUUUGGGAGAACCAUGGUGAUUCCCCUGGUGAGGAGCCUAAAGAUGAAGUCCUUCCUGCCAAUAGCCAAAGGAGAAGGAAACGGAAAAUGGACAUGGUUGUCAUGGUGGAUCCCUCAGAAGACCUUUACCCUGAUCUGAGCCACAAGCCGUCUGAGGAUUUGUCUGAUGCUGAAGACCAAGAAGACUCAAUACCUCUCCGAAAAGUCAGAAAGUCAAGGAAGUUCUCCCCGUCACAGUCCUCACCAACAGGGAAAGUUUCUAAGUAUCCCAAUGGAACUGUAAAUGCCAUCAAGGGAAUUCUUUACAAUACACCUGCAAGAACUUCUCAUGAGAAUAGUAUAGGUCAUGGGCUUUCACCAUUGAAGGGGAGGCUUGCCAUGAAUUCCCAUUCAGAGGACAAGCCAUCAUGUUACCCUUGCUCAAAAUGCAAGCUUAUUUUCAAGAAAGAGCAUCAUUUGCAUCAUCAUAUGAAGUCUCAUGUUGACUCUCCGGAUAUUUCGCCAAAGCCUUUUAUAUGCCGCGAAUGUGGACAGUCCUUCAGACAAAGUGGUUCACUUAUUGAACAUAUGUCAACUCACACGGAGAAAACAGCAAGACUCCAAACGGAGAAAAAAGCAAGACUCACUGAAGAGAUCAAAUGCGUGAUUGACCAGAAGAAAGAGGAUAAAAAGCUUUUCUGUCCUCAGUGCCCUUUUGGUACAAACUGCCCAAACACAUUUGUUAAACAUGCGAAAACACACGAGAAGGACAAGAGAAAGUUUAGAUGUGACAAAUGUAGCUUUAGAAGUCUGAGUGAGAGCGAUCUUAGGAGACAUAACAUUAUGCAGCACACAGUAAUUACUGUUACAAAGCAGAUCCAGAAUGAUAAAUCUGGAAUCUUCUCCUGUAACAUUUGUUCAUAUAGAGCUUUAAGUGAAAAUGUUUUUAGGAAUCACCUUCUGCGUCGCCAUCAACAAACCUUUGAGGAAUACGAAGCUGCACAGCGUAUUGAGGAAAAUGCACAACCACUUAAUGAGCAGCACAUGCCUACUAGUCAAACUUCUGUAGAAGAUGCAGAGUUUACGUCUAAAAUCUCUAUAAAAAAUCAGAUCUCCUCUAAAAGAGCUUGUUCGCCUAGUGAGUCCAAUGAUAUUUCAGACCUAUUCAAAAAUAGCAAGAUUAACAGAGGUCUUAAGUCUCAACUAACAGAAUCAAAGCUCGACAAAUCCAUCAAUGUUCUCCUGUCCCGACAAAGACAUGGAAAGAAAACUGCAGAACAGAGGAAGGAAAGCAAUAAUCACAGCACAUUUGUUCAGGAUUCCAUAGGUGACAAAGAUGGCUCUGAUCAGUUGCCAGGGACAUUGAGUGUCAAGGCUGAAGAUUCAGCUAAAUCCCCAAAUGGGCAUAGGGUGUCAUCCAGUCCAGCAGAAGGAGAUCAGUCAACAGUCAGAAAAUCACCGUCUAAAAGAAAGAUGUCCACCCCAUACCGCAACACCUCUGACCAAGACUCAUGCUUCAUCUUACCAAAACCUCUGCCAAGUCCCAAGAAAAUGAACCAGGACGAGGAAGAAGUGUCAGACAAUGACGAAAAAGACAUUUUCCAGUUUAACGAUACAGAUGGCAACACUGAUCUUUUUGACAGUGGUAUCAAGAAAGAAAAUCAAAACAUCAUUUAUACCUAUAGCAGAAGAAUGUCCAUGAGGGGUGCUUUGCAGGCGUCUAAAAGGCUGUUUGAGAAAAUUAAGACUGAAGAUGAAGACCCAACAGAACCUGAAAUCAAAGAAGAAUGCAUAGAAACGGAAGUCUUUCAAGAAACCUUUGACUCCCACCAAAUACCAUUGAGGGAAGACUUUACAGAGGAUUUGUCAGAUUUGGAAUUGGACCGCAAGAACUGUCCAUACUGUCCUGCAGUCUUUGAGUCGGGUGUUGGAUUGUCCAAUCAUGUCCGAGGGCAUCUUCAUAGGGUUGGACUGGCCUACAAUGCACGCCAUGUAGUAUCUCCUGAGCAGGUGGCUUCUCAAGACAGGAGGCCACGAAUUCGAAGGAAAAUUUCAGCGAUCCGGAGAUUGAAAAAAGCAUUACAGCUGGAGUCAGAAUCUGAAACUGUGAAGAGCAUUCACUCCUGUCCAUUAUGUGGGGACUCAUUUGAUAACAGGACUGGGCAGUCCAACCACAUACGAGGCCACCUCAAAAAGCUUGGGAAAAGCUUUGCAACAAAGAACAAAUCCCCAUUAUUUUUACUUCGGGAGUUGAUGCGGGACAAGAAGGAGUUCCAGCGGGCACUUCAAAUUCUGGGAAAGAGACGGAACCAUUUCCAAUACAGUGCUUCAUCGAAGCUUUCCUCCGUUGAUCAUUUCAUGCAGCCGCCAAUCGGAAUCCCAAAAUGUAAUUCUAUUCCAAGCGCUUGCACUGAUGCCAGACCAUUAAUGCCCACAUUUUCUUUAGUGGAAAUAGAAUCUGAAAAAAGGCAACUAGAGACUAAGUUUGAUGUUAAAAAUUCCCUCUCUGGCACGAAUGCCUUGAUAGGAAUUCUGAAGAAAAGGAAGUGUCAGGAAGACAGCAGAAUAAAGGGGUCCUCUCAGAUGUCAAAAAACAUGCUAGCAGUUUCUUCAAACAGUGAGCACUGUUCAGGCUCAAGAGUUGCAUCUUCACUGCCAAAAUCUAUAUGUGAGAAAGGCGAAUUCAACAGGAAGGUGUGCGUCCAUUGCAAUGCAACUUUCCAUAGCGGAGUUAGCUUGUCUAAUCACCUCCGGGCAUAUGCAAAACGAAAAAGGACAGCUGUACUUGAUGGAACCACAUUUGACUGUAAAGCAAGGAGGCAACGCUCAAGGCCUGGCUCAAAAAAGAAGACACUACCCUUACCACAAACUCCAGAGGAAAUGUACAGACUCACCUGCAGGUUCUGUGACCUCGUCUUCCAGGGUCCCUUGUCUGUCCAGGAGGACUGGAUUAAACAUUUACAGAGACACAUUAUGAACACUAGUGUCCCUCACACUGGGCUUGGCAUGGUGGAGGUCGCCUCGCUGCCCACGGACCCACGGACCCUCAAGACUGACCAAGACCGCUCUCUGACAGCCACACAUGCUGCCUCAUGAAGCCAAUGGGGACCUUUUUAGAUUUCACUAGACUGUAUGUGUAUGUACAUUGGAUGUUCUUUCACUUUUUUUUUUUUGUCAAUGAAAUACUGGCCAAAAGUACAAAAUUGCUCAAUGAUGGAGAUAUUGUACAUGUUUGGACAUUUGGAUUAAUUAUUUUGGAUAUUGUUACCCUUGUUCUGUUUUUACUUUACUCCAUUUUUUUGGAAGUACAAUUCCAAAUGGACGGACUGUUUUCUUGUUUUAUGCAGUAAUGUAGUGUGGAAUCCAUUUCUAAUAAUGAAGACAACUUUUACCUCAGAUUUCUCAUGGUUUGAGUCCGUUUCUGUCAAAAUUUGGCAGCACCUCUCUUCUGUAUCAAUAUUCAUAGAAUCAUUUUUCUUGAAUUGCAACAUGUUCAAAUUCAAGCCCUCAGUCUCUUUUUUUCCGGCCACAGUUAAUGAGAUGAAUAUUUUAACUGAAAAUGAUGGCACCUGAAAGCUUACAGUUUCAGGAAUCACAAGUGGAAACGUGAGCUACUAUAGAAGAACAAAAACAAUGUCUGCAAACUUGUUAUGCAUAGAAAGUGUUUUAUAGUAUUUCAGUAACUACAUUGUUUCUAAUACAAAUACAAAAUUAAACCUGAAGGUGGUUAAGGAAAAAAAAAAAAAAAAACCUAACCGGCACAGCCAGUGCUGACGAUGCCCUUCAUACAUGUCACCUAUAUUUAAUGUUUAAAUAUACUGUUUUGAGAUAAUUUAAUUUUAAAUGUACUAUAUCACAGAUACAAUGCUUAAAACAUGUGUUGUUCUAAAUAAAAU